AUGUUAGUUUUCAAACUAACACAAAAUCAGGCAUUGCUCUUUCUACACUCACUUCUUAAAAUCCACGAUAUGUUGUCGUGGUGGUCUUUAGAGCAGCUGCACGGAAAUUUUGCCAAAGAUCUGCAACAAUUUCUUUUUUUUUCGGGUUUGCUUUCUACAUCAAAAUCAACAUGUUGAUAUGCUACUUCUACUUCUUUUACACCAAUGUAUUACCAAUUUCAAGCCGUCUUCAUGGCCGCAUAUGAACUGCAAAAGUAUCGUACUAGUAGUAAUUGCAUUUAUGCAAUACAAAUCUUUUUCGCAAGGUAAAUCAGCAUUACAAAUUCAAUUUGUAAUGCUGGGCUAAUUUGUAAUGCAAUUUAUACUAGUACGAUGCUUUUACAGUUCAUACCGCAACCACCGUUGCCAAAGCGCGCGGGGCCGCGGUCAGGAGGUCGUGCGCAGGGUCACUUCUAUCAAAUGUAAAAAUGUCUGGGUCUGGAAGAUUGCCAGGUUUGCGUUUGUCAUGCACAUUUUGCAUGACUCCUGAUGUCUGUGAUGCAUGCCCUAGCAUCACAGAUUUUGUGAGGGCUUCCUGAUGCCUAUACCGCAUGACAAAUGUAUGCUCUUUCCGUGUAGCAAAACUUGGACUCUCUUUGCUGCUCGUGCAAUACAGAUUUUCUUAAAAUCCAAAAUCAGCAUAACAAGUUGGAUUCUUCCAGACCCAGACAUUUUUACAGUUGAUAACUUCAUAUUUUUCCGGAUUAUCAUGCAGUUCCUCGUUCGCUGUUUAUCGAACAUUGUCAACGAAGUCUAUUUUUUAGAGCGCCUAUUAAAACUGCAGCUGCCGCGAGCUCUGUAUGUAACUUACAGAUAGUAUUCAUCAACGCAGGCUCGGCGUCACGAAGUUCAAGUUUGUUUAUUCUCUUAAUAUACGCCUUGACGCCAAUAGGAAAAAUGUACAAGAAUGUUGCUUGUUACACCAGUUCAAAUUUUUACCUCAUUUCGGCACGGGGGGCCAAAGCGCCGUCUUCACGAGAAGUAAGUACCUUCUUCACUAUUUGUUUGUCCUUCAUUUACGAAAGUGGGAUAACAUCACCAUAAACUGCAAGCUCAACAUGCUGACUCAAAUUAUUUCACACGCCAGUACAACUACAAAAAUACCGAAUGAAGAUGAAUGCUUCGCUGUUUCGAUCUUGCUUUUCGAAGGUUUCUUUGCACAAUCGAACUGUAAGCACCAGUGGUCGUGAUGAUGGCGUUUCUUCUGGACUUGCGUCAAGAUUGGUGGACGAGGAGCAUAACCGAUGCGGUUGCGGGGGCAGGUGGCGGC